AUGAAGAGAGCAGAAGUGAGCAGCAAGAACAGGGUAGAGAGGUUGGAACUUUCCAGAAAGACAUCCUGCAUGGUGCCAUUUCACUCAGGCACUGUUUUUAAACUGCAGAAUGACAUCUUUGAGUGGGCCAGGGACCACCUAGCCCACCACAGGUACUCAGAGACGGAUGUGGACCCCCACAAUGCCCGCUGAGGCUGCUGCUCCUCCCACAUUGGGUGUCUGCUGGUUUGUAAGCACCCAGAGGCCAUUGAGAAGGGCAAGAAAGACCUCAGUGUCACUGAUUUGCUUGCUGACUCCAUGGUUCAGGUCCAGAGAAAGUACCAUAGGAUCAGUGUGGUGCUCAUGCAUUGCAUGCUCCCUGCACUGGUGCCCUGAUACUUUUGGGGAGAGACCCUGUAGAAUUCCUACUUCCUGGCUUCUGUUCUCCGAUACACCAUCGCUCUCAAUGGCACCUGGCUGGUGAACAGCGCUGCCCACAAGUAUGGAAAGUGGCCCGAUGACAAGCAUCUCAGCCCUUGGCAGAACCCACUCGUUGCUCUGGGAAUGGUCGGUGAAGGCUCCCACAAUUCCUACCACACAUUUCCCUUUGACUACACGAGUGAAUUUAAUUUAAAUUUUAACCCAACCACCUGGUUCAUGGAUUUCAUGUGUUUCCUGGGAAUGGCCACUGAACACAAAUGGGCCACCAAGCAGAUGAGCGAGGCCAGCAAAGCCAAGACAGGAGAUGGCAGUGCCUGA